GCUCACUUGGCCUCCGGUUGGUUCCUGUACCAAAUCUUCAGCUCUUCUCUGGAAAUGAAUGACUUCCGGUCGCUCUAAUCGCAUCCUGUGUGUGUGUAGCAGUAAAUAUGUGCACAGCUGAGUCCGUGAUUUCUGCAGAGAUUUUUGGCCACAAAAAGCAAAAGAUGAACCCAGUUGGUGCAUCGGGACCGGUCCAGUUUACAGCUGUUUACAGAUGUUUACAAAUGUUAGAUUCUCAUUAGUGUUGGAGGAGCGCGUGCCUAGGAUUUAACACGGGACACAAACUUUGUGUGUGUGUGUGUGUGUGUGUGUGUGUGUGGUGGGCUUUAACUAGGACGUCCCGACAUGGAUCCUCCGGACCUCUGAAGCUGUUUUCCCGGAGUUUAAGUUGGAAAACCGGGAAUUUUUAACCUCAUGUAAAGGCAAAAAAGUCCAAACAUGUCUCAGAACUUGAAGAAGAGAAGCCACUGGAGCAGCAGAGUGCAUGAAGUGGUGCUGAAGCGGGAUAAGCAGCGGGAGCUCCGGGUGGAGAUCAGAGGCGGCGCAGAGCUCGCCCAGUUCCCGCUGCUCGGAGCCGUGCACGGGGCAGCUGCUCCGGGACAGGCCACUCCGAGCCGGGGAGAACUUCUCCUGGAGGUCAACGACACCCCGGUGGCCGGACUCACCACCAGAGACGUGCUGGCGGUGUUAAAACACUGCAAAGACCCCGUCCGCCUCAAGUGCGUCAAAACAGGAGGAGUUGUAGAUAAAGAUCUCAGGCUCUACCUCAGCCUGCGCUUUCAGAAAGGCUCUCUAGACCACGAACUGCAGCAGAUCAUCCGGGACAACCUCUACCUCCGCACCGUGCCCUGCACCACCCGGCCGCCUAAAGAGGGAGAGGUGCCAGGAGUGGACUACAACUUCGUGAGUGUGGAGCGUUUCCUGGAGUUAGAGAGAAGUGGAGCUCUGCUGGAGAGUGGGACAUAUGAAGAUAACUACUACGGCACACCCAAACCCGCGGUGGAGGCGAGCAGUGUGCUGCUGAUUCCCGGCUCCAUCCCAAACGCAGCCAGCAAACGCAGACGCAACAAAUCCGUCAGUAACAUGGAGAAAGCCGGGCUCGAACCACCUGAGGAGGAGGAGGAGGAGGAGACUGCUGUCGUCAACGGCAACGAAGUUACUGCCACACCAGACUGCAGUGAACAAGAGGAGAAGAGUACAGAAGGCACUGGGAACACACCUCAGACAGAUGUGACAGUGAGAGAGGAGAAGGAGGAGACAGACAUGAUGAGGGCGGAGACAGAGGAGGACAAGCCCCACCCUAAAGACGAGCACUGUGAUGAGCUUGGACCUCUGCCUGAUAACUGGGAGAUGGCCUACACCGAGAAAGGAGAGGUGUACUUUAUUGAUCACAACACUAAGACAACGUCAUGGUUAGAUCCACGGCUAGCAAAGAAAGCUAAACCACCAGAGGAGUGCAACGAAGACGAGCUUCCGUACGGCUGGGAGAAAAUAGAUGAUCCAGUUUACGGGAGUUACUAUGUGGAUCAUAUAAACAGGAGGACUCAGUUUGAGAACCCGGUUCUAGAGGCUAAGAGGAGACUGCAGAUGCAAAGUCAAGGCCUUUCCUCACUUCCACUGUCUGCUCUAUACAGAGCGGAUGAGGGCGUGUCCUUCGCCACUCUGCCCCGGGUGAGGCUGGCGUAUGUGGGCCCGGCUCCUGAGCGCUCUCACAGCCUCACUGACCUGCCCGAGGCCCCCCUGAGCCGGCCCGGAGCAUUCGCACCGCACGAGAAGCCCCUGUUCACACGAGACCCCACACAGCUGAAAGGCAGGUUCCUGUCGACGACGCUGCAGAAAAGCACCAUGGGAUUCGGCUUCACAAUUAUCGGCGGAGACGAACCAGACGAGUUCCUGCAGGUGAAGAGCGUGAUUCCAGACGGCCCUGCUGCACAGGACGGCAAGAUGGUUACAGGUGAUGUGAUCGUCUACAUAAAUGAGGUGUGUGUUCUCGGCACGACUCACGCAGACGUGGUGAAGCUAUUCCAGUCGGUGCCCAUUGGACAGAGCGUGACCCUGGCACUUUGCCGCGGAUACCCGUUACCCUAUGACGCAGAGGAUUCAGGAAACACCAUGAUCUCUCCUUUGGGUCUUAUAGGAGACCGCCCCCUAUUGCUCAAUGGGCGCAAUUGCACCACGUAUGACACGUACAUGGAGUACUUAAGCCGCACCGCGCACUUCCUGGAUGAUGGAGUCUCGGUGGCGUCGUCGGGGACAGAAUUGAUUGCCGUUACCAUUGUGAAGGGGUCAGACGGGUUUGGCUUCACUGUAGCGGACAGCGAUGGGGGUCAGAGGGUGAAGCAGGUGCUCGAGCCUCAGCGCUGCCCAGGUCUGUGCGAAGGAGACCUGAUCGUGGAGAUCAACCAGCGGCCAGCCCUCACGCUUUCUCACACACGGGUGGUGGAGUUGCUGAAGGAAUGUGUGGUCGGAGCCGAGGCCACCCUGCUUGUACAGAGGGAGAGAGGUCACAUUUCACCUUGGAAGAGUCCCAAACAGGUUUUGGAGCACUGGGACCCUCAGGGUGGUGUUUGUGCCCCUGUCCUGCCCCACAGCGCCCCCUACCUGCCCUGGCCCUCAGCUACUGACCCCUCUCGGGGCUUUGACCUCAGCAAACCUGACCCCUAUGACCUGUACACCAAAUCCAGGGCUUUGUAUGAGAGUAGGCAGCCAGGCUUGCCUCGACCCGUUUACCCAGCGGACCCCUCGGCAGAGUUCCAGGAAGUGGAAGUGGAUCUGCACAGAGAGAAAUCCGGCUUCGGUUUCAGGAUCCUGGGAGGAGAGGAAGCAGGACAGCCUGUGAGUCCGGAGCUUCCUGAGAAGAUCCUGAUCGGGGCGAUCGUCGAGAACAGCCCGGCGGAUAAAGAUGGCCGCCUGCGUCCCGGAGACGAGCUGAUCUCAGUAGACGGGAUCUCUGUGGCGGGAAAACCUCAUCGCCACGUCAUCGAUCUGAUGCAUGUGGCGGCUCGGACCGGCCACGUCAAACUUACGAUCCGGAGGAGAGUGCAGCCUGCGGGUGAGUCGUGUCCUCAGAACGGACGCAGUCCCGGCUCGCUCUCCACCCAGCACAGCUCACCUCGGAGCGACUUCAACUCUGGAAACUUCUCCAACAGCGGCAGCGUUCCUCAAAACCCCACCCCUAAUGCCACACCGUCGCAGCCCUCGGACACGGCGGCCAGUCAGACCAGUGAUAUCGUCAUUCAGCGCAAAGAGACCGAAGGGUUUGGGUUCGUCAUCAUCAGUUCACUGAACAGGCCAGAAACCGCAGCCGCUCCAGCGGUGCCCCAUAAGAUCGGGCGGAUCAUCGAGGGUAGUCCGGCCGAGCGCAGCGGGAAGCUGAAGGUGGGAGAUCGGAUCCUGGCUGUGAAUAAUCAGUCCAUUGUGAGCAUGGCACACGCUGACAUUGUUAAACUCAUUAAAGACGCGGGACUGAGCGUCACCCUGCGCGUCGUCACACAGGAUGAGACGAGCAGUACUCCCUCAGCUGCUAGCUCAGAGAAACAGAGUCCUCUGGCCCACCCGAGUCCGGUGGCACAGAAUAACCAAGCUGAGAUGGACACGCCCCCAAACACACACCCCAGCCCUGUCAAUCAAACCAGCCCAGCCAAUCAGACGACCCCUGAGAGCCAGCAGAGUCAGCCCACCCAGUCUGCAACUGUCCCAGUGCAGAUGUACACACAUGACAGCGGGUACAGGUCAGAGGUCAAAGCUCGUCAGGACGUGAAGCCUGACAUUCGUCAGCCUCCGUUCACUGAUUACCGCCAACCGCCCGUGGACUACAGACAGCCUCCUGUAGCAGAGUACACACACACCCCACUGCUGGACUACAGACACACUGACCCACGCUCCUACACCAUCACAGAGUACAGACACAUACAGAAUUUUGAUUUCUUCACUGUGGAGUUGGAGAAGAGUGUUAAGGGUUUUGGGUUCAGUAUUCGAGGUGGGCGGGAAUACAAGAUGGACCUGUUCGUUCUCCGAUUGGCUGACGAUGGCCCGGCCAUCCGCAAUGGCAGGAUGAGGGUUGGAGACCAGAUCAUAGAGAUUAAUGGUGAGAGCACACGGGAGAUGACACACACUCACGCCAUUGAGCUCAUCAAGUCGGGUGGAAACAGAGUGAGACUGCUGCUGAAGAGAGGAACGGGACAGGUACCGGAGUAUGCAGAUAGCUCCACCCCCUGGGAUCCUAACCCUCCAGCCUCCUCAAGCGUGUCGGAAGUAGCUCCGCCCCUCGAGAGCUUAACCAACACAUCGCCGUCAUCCCAUGUGAACCCAUCUACUGAGCCACCUCACAUGCCGCUGAUCGAUACGGAAGCCCCCGAAAGCUGCCGCCAGGGUCUUAAAGCGGCGGAGAAGGCAGGCGCGGGGUCCAGCAGGGGGCAGAACCGGCACCGGGAGGGCAGCAGAGCCAGACGCAGAAGCGCCGGCGGGAACAAGGGGCACCAGAAUCGCUCAGACGACACGAAAGCGGAAUCCAACAAGAGCCGAUCCAAAGAGCGGAAACGAGACCUGCCUAAAUCCCUGCGAGGCGACACCGAGGUCAACGGGGGCGCUGUGGAGGGCGUCGGAAUGGUGCAGCAGGUCAAAGGUCAGGCACGAGAGCAAGACAGAGGGACGGGGGAGAGAAAGACAUCCAAGAACACCAGCAACAUGGCGAGCAGGAAGGCGACCGUGUCCCCAGGGCCGUGGAAAAUCCCCGGAUCGGAUAAACUCCCGAGCAGCCUGCGUUCAGCCUCAUCCACCAUCAGCAGAUAAAAACACACACACACAUGGUUAGCUUCAAUUAGCUUCGAUUAGCUCACUCAGCCCUGAAGCGAUAAUCGAUACGAAGCCCCGCCCCCUCACCCUCUUGUGGAUGAACAAAUUUGAUUCAAUCGUAAUUGAUUUGCUCUGAAAUCCUGGAUUUCAGGACCACGGAGAGAUCCCAAAUCCAUCCCCCACAACCCUCUCGUUCUCACGCCUUCACACACUAACGGGCCUCGUUAAGUUCUAUUUUAUUUCUAAAUUAUUCUUUUAAAGAGACAUGACACCCACCACCUUAAAAACUGGAAGUGUUUUUUUUUGUUUUUGUUUUUUUCUUGGUAAAGAAAAGAAAAUACUGAAGAUGAUGGAUGUGUUUAACUUCGGAGAAGAACCAACAGAACCGAACUCUGACAUGCGUCGGAACCACGGCGGGUUUUUAUACACACGAAGGAAUUUAUUCUAUUUUACUGAAGGAUGAAGGAUGAAGGACAUGAUGCCAGAGUUUAUUCCCAUGUGUUCUGCCUUAAAUCAGCCAAACUGCAGAUGUUUAAUAAACACACGGAUGAUUAGAGAAAUACGUGUUAUUAUUAUAUUAUAUUAAAUAUAAAAAGAGAUCUAUGACAUACCACAGUGUAAAUACACUCACUGCUGUUUCACUCUCAGCAGCACAACCCCGGCUGCACGUCCUCCUCGGAACCGUCUGAUUGGUCUCCUGCUCCCGUCUGCCAUUUUCCCUCAGUCAAUCAGCAUCGAGGUGCUUUCGCCAUCAACUCCAGUCCACGUCAAUCAGAAGAGGCUUAAGAAGGUUUAGGUGACCAAAACGCCGUUUGGACUUUUUUUUUUUUUUUAAGCAUCAGGUACGAGAAUCGGAGAAUUUAAUAUUUACAAAUUAAAUCACAAUGAAAAACUUCUGUCAGAAAACGUGUUCAGGAUCUGGGUUCCGUAUGUCAGCAAAAACAGUUCACUUUUGAUUUUCAAGAAUGUUAAUUUGUCACGUAUUUUUUGUGUAUACGGAGGAUAUAUUAUUUACAAAAACAGAUGGUUGAUUCUCUGAAAAGGGUCAAAUAAUGUCCGGCCUCAUUUAUCAGUCAUUCGGUAAUGUUCACUGUCAGUUUUUUUCAAAUGAACUAAAAAUUCUAUUUACGUUGACAAGCGUUUCGCUGAUUUUCUUCAUAUUUGUGUCUGUAUGUUGAUAAAACGCCAUUACCAAGCAUGUUCAAGGCAUUUACAUUUAGCCACACCUACACAAUUCCAUAAAAGACAAAUAGAGCAUGAAACAGCAACUAAAUGGUGAAAGAGCAUCCCCUAAUGUGAAAGAGUGCCCCUAAAAUGAAAGUGCACCCCAUAAGGUGAAAGGGUGCCCCUAAAUUGAAAGAGUGCCCCCUAAGGUGAAAGAAUGCCCCUAAAUUAAAAGAGCACCCCAUAAGUAUUUAAAAGAGCAGCCCCUAAGGUGAAAGAGCGCCCCUAAGGUGAAAGAGCACCCCAUGGUGAAAGAGUGCCCCAAAUUGAAAGAGCACCCCCAAAGUGAAAGAGAGCCCCCCCAAGGUGAAAGAGCGCCCCCAAGGUGAAAGAGCGGCCCUAAGGUGAAAGAGUGCCCCAAGGUGAAAGAGCACCCCCAAAAUGAAAGAGCGCCCCCUAAGGUGAAAGAGCACCCCAAGGUGAAAGAGCACCCCCAAAUUGAAAGAGCGCCCCUAAGGUGAAAGAGCGCCCCCUAAGGUGAAAGAGCGCCUCCAAAUUGAAAGAGCACCCCUAAGGCGAAAGAGCACCCCCUAAGGUGAAAGAGCGCCUCCUAAGGUGAAAGAGCACCCCCAAAUUGAAAGAGCGCCCCUAAGGUGAAAGAGCGCCCCUAAGGUGAAAGAGCACCCCCAAAUUGAAAGAGUGCCCCUAAGGUGAAAGAGCGCCCCCUAAGGUGAAAGAGCGCCUCCAAAUUGAAAGAGCGCCCCUAAGGCGAAAUAGCACCCCCUAAGGUGAAAGAGCGCCUCCUAAGGUGAAAGAGCACCCCCAAAUUGAAAGAGCGCCCCCCAAGGUGAAAGAGCGCCCCUAAGGUGAAAGAGCACCCCCAAAUUGAAAGAGCGCCCCUAAGGUGAAAGAGCGCCCCUAAGGUGAAAGAGCGCCCCCAAAUUGAAAGUGCCCCUAAGGUGAAAGAGCGCCCCUAAGGUGAAAGAGCGCCUCCAAAUUGAAAGAGCGCCCCUAAGGCAAAAGAGCACCCCCUAAGGUGAAAGAGCGCCUCCUAAGCUGAAAGAGCACCCCCAAAUUGAAAGAGUGCCCCUAAGGUGAAAGAGCACCCCUAAGGUGAAAGAGCACCCCCAAAUUGAAAGAGUGCCCCUAAGGUGAAAGAGCGCCCCCUAAGGUGAAAGAGCGCCUCCAAAUUGAAAGAGCGCCCCUAAGGCGAAAUAGCACCCCCUAAGGUGAAAGAGCGCCUCCUAAGGUGAAAGAGCACCCCCAAAUUGAAAGAGCGCCCCCAAGGUGAAAGAGCGCCCCUAAGGUAAAAGAGCACCCCCAAAUUGAAAGAGUGCCCCUAAGGUGAAAGAGCGCCCCUAAGGUGAAAGAGUGCCCCCAAAUUGAAAGAGUGCCCCUAAGGUGAAAGAGCACCCCCAAAUUGAGAGUACCCCCUAAGGUGAAAGAGUGCCCCCAAAUUGAAAGAGCACCCCUAAGGUGAAAGAGCGCCCCUAAGGUGAAGGAGCACCCCCAAAUUGAAAGAGCACCCCUAAGGUGAAAGAGCGCCCCCAAAUUGAAAGAGCACCCCUAAGGUGAAAGAGCGCCCCCUAAGGUGAAAGAGCGCCCCCAAAUUGAAAGAGCGCCCCUAAGGUGAAAGAGCGCCCCAAGGUGAAAGAGCGCCCCCUAAGCUUGACAUGCACUAAAUAUUCCACUGCUGAAGCACCACGGUAUCUCUUCCUCCUUUUAUAGGGCGCCAUUACUUUUGUCCUGAUCAUCUUAUUUGUCUUAAUUAUGGAUUUAAACUUGAUAGAGUAAUCGGUCCAUGAAAUCGCAGUAACUUAUUGAUCAAUCGAGGUUCUCAUUAACGAUUUUCCUUCUAUGGAAAUAUGGAAAUUUCCAUAAAAUAAAUAACGUAAGAUACAAACGAUUUUUCCAAACAAACCGUGUUUUCAUUUUAGUUAGUUUGUUUGUUUGUUUUUGCAGAUGACUUACUAAUAAAUUCGUUUGUAUGCAACAUGACGAACGAAACUCAAUUAAGAUAAAUUACAGGAGAUGUUCUUUGAAAAGCCCCGCCCCCAAUGACCUCUGAUUGGCUGUGAGCGAUUUUUCCAUCAGUUCUUGUGAACUUAAACAGACCUCACAUCAUUUUCAUGCAAUUUUUACGGAAAUCAACAGGAAAAAGGUGCAUUUUUUUCCCGCUGACACCCAAAAUUUCCUUUUUAACAUUCCUUGUGUAUGUAUGUGCGUGCGUGCGUGUGUGUUAUUAUAAACAGAUGUUUAUUUUCACAGGAAGGCGGAGUUUCUGAAAUUAGAGCUACGACAGGAUACGACGUUAUUAUUAUCCGAGUUUCUAUUUUCAUACACUGAAAAACCACAAAGUAUAGAAAUAAUAUAUACACACACACACACA